GGCUCCCGGAGGGGUGGGGACAGCGGGUUUGGGUAGCCGAGCGCGAGGUGGAACCUGCCGGGCAAGAUGGCGCCGUUCGUGUUGCUGCGUCCUUUCUCCAAGCUGCUGGCCCUGGCCCGAUACCCUAGCGGUCCUUCUGCACGGUCAAAGUUCUACGUUCGGGAACCGCCGCAUAACAAUCCUGACUGGCUGAAAGUUGGACUGACCUUAGGCACCACCGUCUUUUUGUGGGUCUACCUCAUCAACCAACAUAAUGAAGAUGUUUUAGAGUAUAAAAGAAGAAAUGGGUUGAAAUAAACUUUUGAAAUACUAAUAUAGUAUCCUCUGUGUAGCGAUAACAGCAGUUCCUCUGAGUUCAACAAUCUUUUGAAUUGUACAUGUGAAAGAAAAAGUUCUAUGUGAAGUCAUAUAUGUGAAUAUAUGAAGUCAACAUUUGUAUGUUGUAUCAUUAAAUAAAAAAAGAAAAAUAUUUCUAUUCUUGA